CAUAUAUAAAAGAGCAAAAAAAAAACAAAUUCAUUUUCAAAUACGAUUCUCGGAGUCGCCGAUUUAUUUGUUGGUGGUGUUGCAGUUGCAGUUGCCGUUGCGUUUGUGUGUUUGUCGCUCUGUCGUGAAAGUCAAAUUUGCCAGGCACUGCCACUGCCACUGGAAACUGCAAGUGGAACUGGAAGUUGUACUGGAAGUGCACACUAGAAGUAUUUGAAUAAGCAACCACAACAACAACAACAUUCGCUAGCAGAACACAGCUGAAAACAUAUUUAAGGACAGUACUAAAAAGAAAUACUAAAAACCAAAUUCAUCAUACGCCGCGUUGGACGAGUUGAUCUAAAUACAAAUGCAAGCUCAUUUCGACAAAGUCAGUUAAAUAUAAAGUUUUCAGAGUGUGUGAGUGCGGCCAAAUCAAAUACAAAUAAAUUAAAAAAAAAAAUAAAAACGAAAAGAAUAAAAUUAUAAUAUAAAAACAACAACAACAACAACUACGAUAAUCCAAUCACAAAAUAUCAACAAGCUAAACAACGUGAAAGAGAAAGAAAACAAAGAACAGAAUCAAAAACCCGAAACUGGUAAAAAUAAAUUUGAAAUUAAAACGAACUCAUAUUCUAAAAGCCAUAAAUAAUUCGUCAUUAAAUAAAUAUCGCAUAUAUAUGACGCGCGCCAAUAUUGCUCCAAUUUGAAAUUGAGUAAAAAAAAAAAACGGCUUAGCAACAAUUGCACUGAACAAUAAUAAUAACAGAUCGAAGUAACAGCUCGUGUUAUAGAAAGCCAAACAAUCAAAUACGAAAUACGAAAAUCAAACUUCGACAGCAGCAGCAGCAACAACAACACGGGAUUAAAAAUCCAGCUACAACCACAAAAAUAAUAAUAACAACAACAAGAGCGAGAACAACAACAAUAACAACAACAACAAUAAAUGUGGUGGGUGCAUUGUCAUUAACAAAAACACGCAACACACACACAUACACACACAGAAAGAAGUCAGACAGAAAGAAGAGCAGAAGACAAAGAACUAAAAAGUUGACCCUGGAGAAUGCUUCCCACUUUCAGCAUGAUUCAACUGCAGACAAGACAAACGGCCAAAUGAAUCACUUGGCAAAGAAAGUGAGCUUCAAUUAAGAGGAACUCCGAAUAAAAAGUGCAUACAAAUAAAUACGUCGGAUAUUUAAAGCGCUUGAUUAAAUCUGCUAAUUGAAGGCAGACCAAAAAGACGCCAAAGAGUCGCGAUUGGAUUGGAUAUCAUAAUCCAAGCCAGCAAGCACACUCAACUCUCUCAACACGCACUCAUGGCACACUUUUGCUGGUAUCUCCAAUUGGUCUUUCUACUGUUGAUGUUGUGCUGCGGUUACACGCGCUCUGCUCCAGCACCCGCUCCCCGCCCAGCACCAUCGUCAGCCGGCCGACAAAGUGAACUCAUUGCGGGCAAUGAGUUCCUUAAGCUCUUUCUCGAUCACAACGAACAGCAGCGAAGUCUGCACAGCGGCGAGGAUGAUUACGAGGGCGCUGGUCGAUUGCAUGGCGCUCGAAGUCUGGAGCAUAAGACACGCUAUCGCAAUGCGAAUGGACAGCAGCAAUCGGAUGCGGAGGGCAAUAAGCAAGUCGUCAAACUGGUGACCACAGGCAGCAAGAUUGUCUUUCUCGAGGAUGCACCCAGCGUUGAAGGUGUUGCGACCACAAAACCAAAUGCCAGCGAUGAGGUCAAGGUGGUGGCUGUGAGUGUGAGCUCGUCCAGCAAACGUGGCAGUCGCAUAAGUCGCACGCAUGCGCCGGCAGUGAAGCAAAGUUAUGGACAAUCUGCUGGGCAUACUUCAGUUCCUUCCUCAGCUCAUUCUUCAGCUCACUCUCCGACUCAUGCUUCAGUUCAUUCCUCAACUCAUUCUUCAGCCCAUUCCCCAUCUCAUUCGCAUUCUCAUACUCAUUCCCCUACUCACAAUCACAUCCACACCCCUGCCCAUCGCAGCAGUGCGCCCAGCGCCAUCGGCGUGGACUUUGUCAAUCGUUCGCACAAGAGCGAACUCUCCAUCGAGGAGACCGAGCCACGCUUGGCUGCCGAUGCCAUGGACGCGGAGAGCGAUUCACUGAACAGCGCCUCGAACAUACAAAAUGUUUUGGCAUCGCCACUGCUGGCUGCGGCCGCCUCCAGUCGCUCCAAUUCGGUGGCGUCAUUUCGCAGCGUUGCGUUGCCCGCCCGAAAUGUCAGUCGCAUAAAUCAGCGCGCCAACGAUGCCGACACACAUGCAACAGCAACAGCAACAGCAACGGCAACGGCAGCAACCGCAACAGCUACCGACGACAAAUUGCUGCCGUUCCAGACGGUGAUCUAUCACGACACAAAGCAGGGUCACGGGCCGCAGUCAAGAUCAAUAUCAUACAGUUCCAUAUCGCAGAAUGUGGACGAUUUGCAGCUGCCGGGUGGCUGGCACAAAUCCGCUGGCAUCUUGGCCGAGGCGCAACGCAAUGUGAGCGAUAGCUUGAAGCCGAUGCCACGACUGGCUUCGGAGCCAGCGAAAUUCUACUCUGUGCCGUCGAAAAUGUACAGUGUGCCCUCGAAAUUCUACUCGGAACCAGCGAAAGUUUACUCAGAGCCUGCCAAGAUGUAUGGACAACCCGAGAAGGUUUAUUCAGAGCCAGCUAAAGUCUAUGGACAGCCAUCGAAAUUUUACUCGGAGCCAGCGAAAGUUUAUUCGCAGCCAGCUAAAGUUUAUGGCGAGCCGGCGAAGACUUAUUGGCCCACAGCAACUGGCACGACCAGCACGCCAGCAGCAGCAGUAGCAGCAACCACAACAACGAGAGCAACACCAACAACAACAGCAGCGGGAGCGGGGGCAGCAACCGUAACUGUGCCACCGGGCGCUGCCCCAAGCACCUUUGUGCCCUCGCGUCGCCCAGCAAUUGUGUCGCGCAUUGCAUUCGGCGAGGCGCAGACAACAACCACAGCGACGUCGACAACUACAGCAGCAACCACCGGCAGCAGCAGCACAGCGCCCACUGCUAGGCCAAGCACUUGGCAGCAGCAUUAUCACAAUGCGCAUAAUCAUCAGCUGCAGCAGCAACAGCAUCAUCAGCAGCAACAUCAGCAACCACAACCGUCCACGUUGAAUGCGGGCAAUUCGCAACCGCGUCGUGUACUCUUUAAUUUGGAUAAAUUACCUUAUGAUUUAUUGAAUGCACCGCAAUCGCAGUUGCAGUUGCCGUUGCCAUUGCAGUUGCCAGAGCAGCAUCGCCAUCUAUUGGAGCCCAUUUUAUCAAAGAGUGCAAGUCCAUGUUGGGAGCAACGUCAGCAUUCAUCACUGUCGCUGCAACAUUCUAAUCAAAAUGCCAAAGGAUUGCCCAAUAGAGAUCUAGUCAAGUGUGUUGCCAAAUUUGCGCCAGCCACAGCGUCCGGCAGCAGCGCCUACUCAUACAGUUCCAGCUCGAGCAGCUCGUCAUCCUCAUCCUCGUCAUCCAAUGUGCAGUUGCCACAUUUUACAACCGAACGCGCCGAGCUUUACACACCGACCCCAGAGCAAAAUUACGAAAUUGAAGAGUCCGUAAGUGUUAUGACAAACGGACGAGCCCAUGGCCUGCAGGCUGGCAGCGGCGGCGGCGGCAGCAGUGGCAAUUCGGCUGGCUUCUCGCUGGUCACAGCCACCACACCAGCCAGUCCAGCAACAAGCACUACAAUACCAACAACAACAACAACAACAACAUCAGCGGUGGCAUCUGCAAUAGCAACAACAACGCAACGCGGCAAUCGCAAUCGUGGCAUAGACCGGGGACGUGGUUCAGUGGUGUACAACGCCAACGCAAAUGCCAACGACUAUGAUGGCAGCGAUGGCAACAACGACGAAGACAAUAUAGACGAAGACGAAGAGGCGGAGGAGCAGCAAGAGGAUGCUGAGGGCAGAGGCAACAGCAGCAACAACAACAAUGAGUCAGAUGAUGAUAAAGUCGCCUAUGUGGUGGAGGGACGCAACUAUCGCAAGUAUCGCGUCGAGGAGAAAACCGACGAUGGCUUCAUCGUUGGCGAGUAUGGCGUUGUCGACCACAACGAUGGCAACCUGAGCGGCGUGCGUUACACCGCCGACUCGACCAUUGAUCGUAGUUUGAUACAAAAGGGGCUGUUGACAUUUUUGAAGCUCAAGUAGUAGUCGCAGCAGCAGCAACAGCAGCAGCAGUCAGUGUUGCAGUCAUAGUCGCAGUUGCUGCCGUAGUGACUGUCGACAGCUGCCGCCUGCCGACUGUCCAGCUGCCAGCCAGCUCAGCCUGCCUGCCUGCCCCACACAGCUGCCACACAGCUGCAGUGGCAUUCAUUUCAUACACAUGUGAUCCAAGUCGUAUUGUAGUUAGCGUAGCUUAAAUUAAUAUAAACUAGCCUUCAUUUAUUAAAGCCCAAUGACACUGCCAGAAAGUGACAGUUGAACAAUAGAAUUGUUCUACAGCGAAUCAGCAAACAUAACAAGUUUUGCACAAGGGAAUGUGGCAGUUUUUCAAGAAGCUUCGCGGAUGCCCUUUUGCAAAUGAAAUAAAAUAAAACUAUACAAAAUAUUGCAAUUCUAAUAAAUCAUAUUUAUUAAAGUUUUCAUGUGCUUUCGCAGUGCAUUAAAGCAUAAGCUUAGACAGCUUUGUUUGAUAUAAUCACAUUUAAUAUUCAGUCAAUCAAUUUGAGCAAAACUAAAUAACUUUUAAUAUUCAAUCAAUCCAUUUGAGCAAAGCUUAUACUAGAAAUAUUAAUGUGCUUUGCAUGCACAAGCUUAAACAGAUUUGUUUGACAUAAAUUAGAUUUAAAAUUCAAUACAUCAAUUUACAUUUAAUUUAAUGA